AUGUCAAAUGGACAAAAAUUUGAAAUGGCAGCUGAACAUACUAUGAAGGAAAUUAAUGAUGAAACUGCUGAUAUCAAUGAUGUGUUUAACUCUAUAGCACUGAGUGAAGAGCAAAACAGUAGGGAGGGUUUCCAGGAAGGAUUCCAGAAAGGAUGUUUUGAAGGAGAAGUGGAAGGAUUCCAUUUGGGUUACCAUCGAGGUGCUGAAAUUGGUGCUGAAAUAGGAUAUUAUAAAGGUGUGAUAGACAUAUUGCUAAUUAUUACUAACAAGAGGAAACAGGAUAUACCAGAUAAAGUAGUCAGUGCCCUCCAGAAAGUGUCGGAUGUCAUAAACCAUUUCCCUUCUUCUAAUGUGGAAGAUGUUGAUACAAUUGCUGCUCAUGACAAUGUGAGAGCUAUGUUCAAGAAAGCUUGUGCCCUUCUCAAAAUAGAUGGCACAUUUCCAGAAUAA